AUGACACUUCAAGACCCAUGUGCAAAGCUUCCGCUUACACCUGAUCUAUGGGAGCAACUGGGACUUGACGAAUACCUGAGGACAUAUCCAUCCGGAAAUAAUCUGACAUUGGAGGAAUACGCCGAGAAGGUCGGGGCGACAAAUUUUGUGUGCGGAAUAGGAAAGACGUGCAACGCAAACCAGAUCUGCAUGCCUGUUCGUGCUCCAGAUUGGUACAUACUUGUUGCCGUUCAGAACUGGAAUCAAUUUUCUAACAUGAUGUAUGAUGCAACUGGUUAUGCUAUAUCUAUCCUUCAGGGACUAGUUACUUCCAUUGUUAGCGAUAUUGUUCCCCAUGAAUCCGACAGUCUUGCUAUCGAAUCGACCCUUCUCGGGCUGGUAGCUGGUCUUUGCGGAGCUAUACCGGGUUUCUUAUACCCAGAAGGGCUUGCGUUCUUUGGUGCAAAGAUAUGGCCUUUUGUACAGGGUGGAACAGGCCUUAUUUGUGGUAUGGCGUGGACAUACCACAACAUCUAUGCAAAUCUACCCUCAGACGAAUUUUCAAAGGUGAGAAAAAAAGAUGAUACUGACGGCGCCCGAUCUCAAAAUAAGACCACCGACAUCAGCUACCUUCUGUCAAAAGCCCAAGCUUCCACACAGGGGACCAUCUCCAACGGAACAGCGUCAGCACUACGUCAAGGAAUCAGUUCAACAGAUGGACUGUAUGGAGCUCUGAAGGAUGGUAUCUUUCUCAAUAAUCACUUCUCGGCCGAUGAGUUGGCAGAGGGCGACCUUCAGGCUGCUAUAUCUCACGUUGCUGGAGUUCGUUUGCUCGCAGCGAUCUGGAAGGCAAAGAUAGAGAAAUUCUUCAUUGUCCGUGGAAGUCCUGAAAUGGCAAAGUGGAACCACCGUACUAAGAUAAAUUUCAAUUCCGAAUUCGCUGCUAGGAUCCUUGUACCAAAGGAGGACCCAAUGGAUCCAAUGAAGGUGAUCAUGUCUUAUCAUACUGCGAUCCUGAUGGAAUGUGCGUAUGAUUCAGAUUGUGAUCUACUGCAGCGAAACAAAUGUGAUUUUCUCCGAACUAAAAGUUAA